ACUCUUUUUCACUCCCACGCAUGCUGUUGGUGGAAAAGUGUGCAGUAAGUGUUCUCAGUGAGUACAGAUCAAUGCAGAAAGAAAAGUCAAAAUGACAGGAAAAUAACUACGUUCCAAGGAAAAGAUGCAACACAAAUCUUGUUUGAGCAAUAUAAUACGGAAAAACUGUAUUUAAUGGAACAUAUUUUAUAAGAAUGGAGUCAAGACAGUGUUAUUCAUAAGUGAACAAUAGAAUGUAAGAUGUUUCAGUUCAAAUAAAUCUAUGGCUAUUUUAGGAUAAUCUCAUAAAAUUUCAUGUGCUUCAACAUAUCACAAGUGUUAAAGAGGUCAUUAGUGAGCGAAUAUAAAAGUUGUUCAAGAAUUAUAUUUUCGAGAAUUUUUAAUGAUAACACGACUUUAAAAAAAUAUAACUCGACAACGCCUACGUAAAAGUGAUAAAAAUGUGUUUAUCAAUUGCUUGUACGAAAUAAAACUUGAAUCGCUUUAAAAUUACUACUCUAAAGAAGAAACAAGCAUCGGUUUACGAAGUUGUAAAUAGAUAAAAAUAAACUGCAGUAAUGUACAUACAAUGUAUGGAAUUGUGUAAAGGGAUGAAGGAUAAUAUCUCAUCGAAUUGAUUGUGCGUAAUUACACAGUUUUUUUAAGUAUUUUAAAACAUUUAAAAAAGUGUAUAUUGUGAUAAUGCGACUGCUUCGUAUGAACAAAAAAGCAUUUGGUUUAUUUUAAAAAGGAUGCUCAUAUGAAUGGUCGUAAAUCGUGUAUAACUUCCAUGUGCCAGUUUCGUUUUUAAAGUGAGGAUUAAAUAUUUGGUAAUUAAAAACGUUUCAAAAUUAUAAAAUUAAUACAAUGGAACCAAUACAAAGAAACCUGCAUUUUUGGCAGCAACCGACGAUGAUAUUGCCCCUACUUAUCCUGCUGACAAAUUUUACGGGUUGGACACAGGCCGCGGUUUUGCCUGAUGGCCAUAGAAUUGACUGUGAACAUUUUGAUGAAAAGAAUUGCACCAUGGAUGGUGAUUGCGCGAUCAAAGUGGAGCACUGCAAGGUGGAGUCGGAUAAACCCUCCAGUUGUUAUGUGCUAUGGACCAUGGAUGGCGAAACAGGUGAAACCAAAAUUAAAAUGAAGGGUUGCUUUACAGAUAUGCAUGAAUGCAAUCAAACGGAAUGCAUUACCAGUGUUGAACCCCGAAAUAAAUUAUACUUUUGCUGUUGCAAGGGUUCCAUGUGUAAUAUGGAGCACAAAUGGAUAUCUACCACAACCGAGGCGUCAACUCAAGUGCCAAAGGAAAAAACAACGGAUAAUACGAACCUAAUUUACGUGAUAGUUUGUGCUGUGGUGUUCGUUUGUUUGGCGCUUCUGUUGGCACCAUUUGCAUAUUGCUAUUAUCGCAAGCGCAAACCAACCAAUUUCAACGAAAUACCCACGAAUGAAACGGAGGCUACAAAUGCUUCGCCACUGCUCAACAAUCGGCCCAUACAUCUAUUGGAGCUGAAGGCAAGUGGGCGUUUCGGUGACGUAUGGCAGGGUAAGCUGCACAGUCAAGAUGUGGCUGUUAAGAUAUUUCGUAUGCAAGAGAAGGAAUCUUGGAAUACCGAAGUGGAUAUUUAUAAGUUACCACGCAUGCGGCAUCCAAAUAUCUUAGAGUUUCUUGGUUGCGAAAAGCACACGGAGAAAGUCCAACUGGAAUACUGGCUCAUCUCCGUAUAUCAUCCGAAUGGUUCACUCUGCAAUUACUUGAAAUCGCACACACUGACUUGGCUGGAACUGUGCAAAAUCGCCGAAUCCAUGUCGCAAGGUUUAAUGCAUCUGCAUGAGGAAAUACCGGCCAGUAAGGCGGACGGCCUAAAGCCAUCCAUAGCGCAUCGCGAUUUCAAGUCCACAAAUGUGCUGUUGAAGGGCGACUUGACGGCAUGCAUUGCUGACUUCGGCUUGGCUAUGGUAUUCCAACCGGGCAAAUCGUGCGGCGAAACGCAUGGUCAAGUUGGCACACGCCGUUACAUGGCACCCGAGGUGCUUGAGGGCGCCAUCAAUUUCAAUCGUGAUGCAUUUCUGCGUAUUGAUGUGUACGCCUGCGGCUUGGUGCUGUGGGAGAUGGUGUCGCGCUGCACCGCUGUGGGACCUGUUGGCGACUACAUAUUGCCAUUUGAAGCUGAGCUGGGACUGCGUCCGACAUUGGAUGAGAUACAAGAUACUGUAGUCACAAAGAAAUUGAGACCGCGCUUGCUGAAUACAUGGCGUACACAUGCUGGUCUCAACAUCUUCUGUGACACCAUGGAGGAGUGCUGGGAUCAUGAUGCCGAGGCGCGCCUCUCCUCGUCGUGUGUCAUGGAGCGCUUCGCACAAUUAUGCAAAUAUACGACAACGCCACUCCUCAUUGAGAAUAACACAAAUUGCGAGGAGGAGCGUUUGACUUCCAAUUGCUUAUAGGAAAGGUAUUAAAUCACUACGCUAGCGUGUUGUAGUGAUUGCCAGCGCUUGAGAACAAGUGUAAUAAUUGCGAAAAACUUACGAUUCAAUAUAUAUUUUUAAGGCGAUUUAAAUUACACUGAUAAGUUUAUGGUAUACAUCAUAUCCGCAUAUAUGUGUAUUUAAACAUACAUAUGUACAACAACGUUGAAUAACCGAUACAUUUUAAAGUGUACAUUUGAUAGUUAUACGUUUUCAACAAAUAGUGCGAUAAGAAGUAGCGUAAAAAUUGGCUGGCAGCUUAAAGUAUGUUGUUAGUUAAGUUACAUAGACACAAACACACACACAUGCAUACACAAACAAAAAACAAAAACAAUAACAAACAAAAAAAAAAAAAUAGCAAAAUAGUAAAAGUUAAAUAAUUAUGUUGAUCGAAAGUGCAAAACAGAUUUUAUAAGCAUUAUGUAACUUACAAAACACACACACAUACAUACAUAUGCACAUACACAGUGAUUAAAUUAAAUUGCACUACUGACGCAUAUGUUAAACAAAAGCGAAAUCAUAUUAUUGUUGUUGACACCCAUUACACAAACAUUGAAGUUAGUGUUAGUUUAUUGCUUCCGAUGUUUACUCAUUUCAUGUUACACACAAAAACCUUAUAGACAGCUGUACCAUAUAUAUUUGUGACUCUUUUAUUGUGUUACGUUUGUAUUGAAUAUUAUUUUCGUGCCUUUUUCUGUUUUUCUGUUAUCAGUUAUGUAAUUUUAUGCAUUAUCAUACAUACUUACACUCUACUGCCAUUUGUGUUGUUUUUGCACACACAUCAUACAUACAUACAUACAUACAUACACACACACGCAUUUGCAAUUUGCAAAAACAUUUGACUUUCUUUCAACAAGAGAAUGUUAAUUUUAAGUCUACUGCAAUUCAUAAAAUUUAAUAAUGUGUUAUGCAUAACGUGAUUUUGUACACCCAACAAAAUUUUGUAAUUUUUAUUUUUUAUUUUCAGGUUUUAAAAUUAUUUUUUAAAAGCGAAUGCGCAAGUUCGUCAAAAAUUCUACAAAAUUUUGUUGAAAUUCUGAUGACCUUGCACAAGCAUAGUUUAAGGGUUUCUGUUGAAAUAAACGUAAUUAUUUGAUUAA